CAGGAAGCGCCGGGAGGCCCGAGCCGUCCCAGGGUGCUCCGCGCGGCGUGCACUCGGGCCGCUGCCGCCAUCCCGCUGGCGAGAAGCUGAGGGAGGCCCGCCCGCUCGCCGGCCGGGCCAGUGUGGGCCAGAGCGUGAGGGCGCGGGGGCCCGUGCCAGCCCGCCAGCCGCGGGGCGCAGCCGCCACCCCCGGACGGACAUGUUGGAGUCCGGCGUCACCGCCGCCGCCGUUUCCUCAUCCUCCGAACGGGACUGAGCCGGGAGUCGGGGGGGGGGGGGGCCGUCGCCGUCGCCGCCGCUCCCUGCCGGGUCCACCGGGGCCUCGGACGCCGCCGCCCUCGGGCCCCGCUCCGCCGCGGCGCCAGGUCUAUGUGACCGGCCGGCCCGGGGCCGCCGCAGCGCGAACAUGGACGCCGUCAACGCCUUCAACCAGGAGCUCUUUUCACUUAUGGAUAUGAAGCCUCCCAUUUCUAGAGCCAAGAUGAUUCUUAUCACAAAAGCUGCUAUUAAAGCUAUUAAGCUUUAUAAGCAUGUGGUACAAAUAGUAGAAAAGUUCAUCAAAAAGUGUAAACCAGAAUACAAAGUUCCAGGAUUAUAUGUAAUUGACUCAAUUGUACGACAGUCUCGCCAUCAGUUUGGAACUGAUAAAGAUGUUUUUGGGCCAAGAUUCUCUAAAAACAUAACUGCUACAUUCCAAUAUUUAUAUCUUUGUCCAUCUGAAGAUAAGAGUAAAAUAGUUCGUGUGCUGAACCUUUGGCAGAAAAAUGGAGUAUUCAAAAUAGAAAUUAUACAGCCUCUUUUGGACAUGGCAGCAGGAACCAGUAACGUUGCCCCAGUAGCAGAGACUGUCGCUAACAAUGAAGGUUCCCCUCCACCUCCAGUUAAAAUUGCUUCUGAACCUACACAAGCCACUACAAACUCUAUACCAGCUGUGCCACAGCUGCCCAGUUCAGAUGCCUUUGCUGCUGUGGCCCAACUGUUUCAGACGACUCAAGGUCAACAGCUUCAGCAGAUCCUUCAGACUUUUCAGCAGCCUCCAAAGCCCCAGUCUCCUGCCAUUGACAACGCUGUGAUGGCUCAGGUGCAGGCUAUCACAGCUCAGUUGAAGACUGCUCCUACACAGCCACCAGAACAGAAAGCUGCUUUCCCCGCACCCGAGCAGAAGACCACGUUUGACAAGAAGCUGCUGGAUAGAUUUGAUUAUGACGAUGAGCCAGAAGCUAUGGAAGAAUCGAAAAAAGAAGAUGCAGCAACCACCGCCGCUGCUGCUUCUACUGCCGCUGCCACCGCCACAGCACCUGCUGCUGUUGCUCCCACCCCGCCUGCUCCCGCCGCCUCAGUCCCCCCUGCCGUCCCCAUCGCCACGCCUGCUGCUUCUCCGUCACAGGCACCCUUUGGGUUUCCUGGAGACGGCGCACAACAGCCCGCAUAUGCGCAGCAGCAAGCUGUGGAUCAGUUUCAGCCUCGAAUGAUGCCCAUCCCGCAGGAGCCAGUGCACCAUCAGGUCCCACUUCCUCCUAACGGACAGAUGCCAGGAUUUGGCCUUCUCCCUACACCAUUUCCACCUAUGGCUCAGCCUGUAAUCCCGCCAACUCCAGCUGUGCAGCAGUCUUUCCAGCCUCCUUUUCAGGCACAGAGUGAACCGCUCGCACAGAAGGCACAUCAGGAAAUGGAAGUCGAACAACCUUGUAUUCAAGAAGUUAAGAGGCAUAUAUCUGAUAACAGAAAGUCAAGGUCAAGGUCAGCAUCCAGGUCACCAAAAAGAAGACGAUCUCGAUCUGGUUCUAGAUCACGAAGGUCUCGUCAUCGACGUUCUAGAUCUCGGUCAAGAGAUAGGCGCCGACAUUCUCCUAGGUCUCGAUCCCAAGAAAGACGGGAUCGGGAAAAAGAAAGAGAACGGCGACAGAAAGGGCUUCCUCCCAUCAAAUCUGAAACUGCCAGUGUUUGUAGUACUACACUCUGGGUGGGACAGCUGGACAAAAGGACUACUCAGCAGGACGUUGGCAGUCUCUUAGAAGAGUUUGGGCCAAUUGAAUCAAUUAAUAUGAUUCCUCCCCGAGGCUGUGCCUAUAUUGUUAUGGUUCAUAGGCAAGAUGCUAAUCGGGCCCUGCAGAAACUGAGCCGAGGAAAUUACAAAGUGAACCAGAAGUCCAUAAAGAUUGCCUGGGCCUUGAAUAAAGGAAUUAAGGCAGAUUACAAACAGUAUUGGGAUGUCGAACUUGGUGUUACUUACGUUCCGUGGGACAAAGUGAAGCCAGAAGAACUGGAGGGUUUCUGUGAAGGUGGCAUGUUGGAUAGUGACACACUCAGCCCAGAUUGGAAAGGAAUUCCUAAGAAACCUGAAAAUGAAGUUGCACAAAAUGGAGGAGCAGAACCCUCACACACAGAACCAGUCUCCCCUGUUCCUAAACCAUUGCCUGUGCCUGUCCCUCCUAUUCCUGUUCCUGCACCUAUAACAGUACCACCUCCACAGGUCCCACCCCACCAGCCAGGCCCUCCUGUUGUCGGUGCUCUGCAGCCUCCAGCCUUCACGCCCCCCAUGGGGAUUCCCCCUCCUGGCUUUGGUCCUGGUGUUCCUCCUCCACCACCACCACCACCAUUUUUGCGUCCGGGAUUCAACCCAAUGCAUUUACCACCAGGUUUCCUUCCUCCUGGGCCCCCACCUCCUAUAACUCCACCAGUUUCCAUUCCUCCUCCUCACACUCCGCCAAUAAGCAUCCCAAACUCCACUAUCGCUGGUAUAAAUGAAGACACUACAAAAGACUUAUCUAUUGGAAAUCCCAUUCCAACAGUGGUGUCUGGGGCUAGAGGAAACGCCGAGUCUGGUGACAGUGUGAAAAUGUAUGGCUCAGCCGUGCCACCCGCCGCACCCACGAAUCUGCCCACUCCUCCUGUAACCCAGCCCGUUUCACUUCUUGGUACUCAAGGAGUCGCACCUGGUCCCGUGAUUGGACUCCAAGCCCCAUCCACGGGUCUCCUGGGCGCCCGCCCAGGCCUCAUCCCCCUCCAGCGCCCCCCCGGAAUGCCGCCACCUCACCUGCAGCGCUUCCCCAUGAUGCCCCCUCGCCCCAUGCCGCCGCACAUGAUGCACAGAGGGCCCCCCCCAGGGCCGGGCGGCUUUGGGAUGCCUCCACCGCAUGCCAUGAAAGGCCCGUUCCCGCCGCACGGGCCCUUUGUCAGGCCGGGGGGCAUGCCAGGCCUCGGGGGCCCGGGGCCAGGCCCGGGUGCUCCUGGGCCUGAAGACAGAGACGGAAGGCAGCAGCCGCCGCCACAGCAGCCGCCACCGGCCCAGCAGCCGCCACCGGCUCAGCAGCAGCAGCAGCAGCAGCAGCAGCCGCCGUACAGAAACGAUAACAGGCAGCAGUUCAAUUCAGGUAGAGACCAAGAAAGGUUUGGAAGAAGAUCUUUCGGAAAUAGGGCGGAGAAUGACCGGGAACGGUAUGGGAGCCGUAACGAGGAUAGAGAUCAUAGCAGUCGCGACAGGCGAGAGUGGGGAAGGAGGAGCCCUGACCGGGACAGGCACAGAGACUCGGAGGAAAGAAAUAGACGCUCUGGUGGGCAUCGAGACAGAGAGAGAGAUUCCAGAGAUAGAGAGUCCCGUAGAGAGAAGGAAGAGAACCGAGGAAAGGAGAAGUCUGAGGCGCCAGAGAGGGCAAGUGGUAACAAGGCCUCCGACCCUCCUGUUAGCCAAAUGGGAAAAGGCGACACCGUCCCAGAACUCAAGGGGACUGAGUCCGAGUCCACAGGGAAAAAACCUCCCGAAGAGUUACCUGCUGAGGCUACCUCAUCCGUCGAACCCGAAAAGGAUUCCGGCUCAGCAGCCGAGGCUCCUCGCUAGAGACUGGAACGCGUCUGGCUGGGACGGGGACACUUGCGGAGUGUAGAGUCGGGAUGUACAGAUGCUGUAUGAUAAUUCGCUCCUGCUAAAUCCACAGCCCCGCAGUAGUUGGUGGGGAAUUGUAAGCAAUUUGAUUGCUCCCUUCUAUUUAAAAAUAGCCACAAAAUAACAAAAAAUACUGAAAAUAUGGAUAAAUAUUACCCCUUUUUGCUGUAACUUUUUAAAAGUUUUGACUUUAAAAAGUUUACAAAAUCGUAAUUAGAAGUGCUCUCUAUUUUUUUUUUUUAAUUUAAGACAAGGUUAACGGUGAAAGCUCAAAACAAUAGGGAUGUUUUUAAUAAACUCUAUUUUCGUAACAAACUUUAACGUGUGCUAUUCUUCCUACACUGCAUCAAGGUGGAAAAGGAUUGUUCACCAUCAAAGUUUGAGCUGUUAAUAACUGUACUGGAGUCUAAAUUAGACUUGUUUAUUUGGAAAUAGAUAUUUUUGUGUAGUUAUUUUCAAAUUUUCCUUUUGUAACUCUUUGUUAGCUACUCAAUGGUAAGGUGAGAGGUUUCGAUGUUAACUGGGGGCAAAAAUUGUCAGCUUUUGCAACUGAAUUCAGGAUUUUCUUUUCUGCCUUAGGCUUUGUGGUAAAUGUUUCCCUGAAUUAAACUGUAAAGAGAACUUU